CUCUGCUUUUUGGUGCGCCGCUUUGGGAAAAUCCGGCCGAAAUGAAUGAAGAGCGAGAACAUCUGAGUGCGUUUCGUUUUCACGCUGCUGAUCGGAUUGUUACACGACCUGAAUGAUCAGGAUGGCGAUCAAUAACUACGGUUUUAUCUUCUAAUUGAUUUGUAAAACCGCAGGACAGAUUUCGUUGAACGUGAUUGCACUAUGCAGGGGACGUUCGGCCUGAGCAUUAGUGUUUAUCUCCCGUAUACGCGCUAAAAACACGUCUCCUGGGGGUUUUAACAAACACCACAACUGUGGAAAGGUGAAAUACCAGCUGUGUUUUUAUAUCAUCAUAACCUGUGUUUAAUAUUGUUUGGGGUUUUGGCCUGUCAUUUGGAUGAUUUGCUCGGUUCGUUGUUAAUCGCCCUUCUGUGUGAGCGCAUGCGCAAUGGCAGGCCGCGAUCAGCAUCAGCAUCAGCACCAUCCGCAAUUGGACAUGAAGCCAGAGCUGGAUGAUGCGGAGCUGGCACUGCAGGGCAUAAGUAUGCUCCUCAACAAUGGGUUCAAGGAAAGUGACGAGCUCUUCAAGAGGUACAGGACCCACAGUCCAUUGAUGAGCUUCGGAGCCAGUUUUGUGUCCUUCCUGAAUGCCAUGAUGACGUUUGAGGAAGAGAAGAUGCAGAUGGCCUGUGAUGAUCUGCGCACCACGGAGAAGCUGUGUGAGAGUGACAGUGUCGGUGUCAUCGAGACCAUCCGCAAUAAAAUCAAGAAGAGUAUGGACUCUCAGACUUCAGGGCUGGCGAUAGUGGAUCGGCUCCAAAGGCAGAUCAUAGUUGCUGAUUGUCAGGUCUACCUCGCUGUUCUCUCAUUCAUCAAGCAGGAAAUCUCAGCAUACAUUAAAGGAGGCUGGAUCCUCCGCAAGGCUUGGAAGAUGUACAACAAAUGCUACAGUGACAUUAGCCAGCUUCAGGAGGCGUGUCGCAGACGCUCGUUCGAUCAGGCAAAUCACAACGCACCCGUUGCCGAGAGCAGUGGUGGGCUGACGGAGGAGGCCGUGGGCCGACUGAAAGGCUCGGUCAGCUUCGGCUACGGCCUUUUCCACCUCUGCAUCUCUAUGGUUCCUCCUCAUCUACUGAAGCUCGUCAACCUGCUGGGAUUUCCAGGAGAUCGGCACCAGGGCCUGGCAUCGCUUAUUUACGCCAGUGAGAGCAGAGACAUGAAAGCACCUCUGGCCACGCUGGCUCUGUUGUGGUACCACACAGUGGUGCAGCCCUUCUUCGCUCUGGAUGGCUCUGAUUCACGGGCUGGCCUACUUGAAGCCAAGACCAUCCUGCAGAAAAAAGCAGUAAUUUACCCCAACUCCUCUCUCUUCAUCUUCUUCCGAGGACGAGUGCAGAGGUUAGAGUGCCAGAUAAACAGUGCACUGGCAUCUUUCCAUGAUGCCCUGGAGUUCGCUUCAGACCAAAGAGAGAUCCAACAUGUGUGUCUCUAUGAGAUCGGGUGGUGCAGUAUGAUUGAAAUGAACUUUGAAGAUGCUUAUAAGGCUUUUGAAAGGCUAAAAAAUGAGUCCCGGUGGUCACAGUGCUACUACGCCUACCUAACUGGAGUAUGCCAGGGUGCUUCGGGGGAUUUGGAGGGGGCAAAUGCGGUUUUCCGGGACGUCCCCAAGCUCUUCAAACGCAAGAAUAAUCAGAUUGAGCAGUUUGCAUUUCGAAGGGCAGAGCGAUUGAGGAAGCAGGGGGCGACACAGGAGCUGUGCAUUAUGGGAGUUGUGGAGGUGCUCUAUCUGUGGAAGGCUCUUGCAAACUGCUCAUCCUCCAAACUGCAGCUUAUGAGCCAAGUGCUUCAGGGUCUGGAUGACCCAUCCUGCAAUGGUUUGAAACACCUUUUUCUCGGUGCUAUACAGAAGUGUCUCGGAAACAUUAAAGAUGCGGUCCAGUCGUACCAGAUGGCAGCCAGGGAUGAGCUGGGCAGACUGAACAACUCCUACGUGCAGCCGUACGCCUACUACGAGCUAGGAUGCGUGUUACUGGCCAAACCUGAGACUUUGGGAAAAGGAAGGUCGCUGUUGCUUCAGGCAAAGGAGAACUGUACAGGAUAUGACUUUGAGAACAGACUGCAUGUGCGAAUCCACACAGCCCUUGCCUCUGUGAAGGAAGUGGUCCCUCUGUGACCUCAGCUGACCCAGGAAGUGCAUUUUACAGGGACCGGUCCUGUUUGGCACCUUUUAAAAUUCGAGCCAUUCAUUUUUUUUUCCCUUAUUUUGUUAUAACCAAAAUGAUAACAAGUGAUCAUGCUUUCUUUCUUAGAUUUCUUGUUUUUAUGUUGUAGAUUAUGCUUUAAGUAUCGCCACAUGUUUGAGGUCAGUUUAAGGUGACCCAUUACACUGAGGAAUGUUUCUGUUUCUGAAUGUUUCGUCUUUUCUGGCUCGUAAAUAUGUGGUUAUUUUUGUCAGAACAUCCUGCAAAUGUUUUGAAUUUGGGUGGCUUUAUCUUUUUUUUUUUUUUAUAAUUUCUGAUUAUUUAAGAAUGAAUGUUGUGAAAAUAAUUCUCGAUUAACACUACCUACCUAACACUACCUAACACUUUUCCUAUAUUUACACACACAGCCAUUAAUGUCACAGGAUUGCAUUUUUCUGACUAAGGCUUUUAUCACAUUGUCAUUUCGUCUCCCACUAAAAACACAAUAGAACUUGCCUUUAAUUUUGCAUUUUACAAAUAUGAUUAUCUCCUGGA